AUGUCCGAAAGCGACGUCAAGAAGACGAUCCAGCAGCUCCAUUCGCUGUCCGAGAGCAACCUCAGCAACGCUUCCGCCCUGUUGUCACGAGCAAAGAUCUCGCUGCUCAAACUACACGCCCUCGUCCCCAACGCCUCCACAUCCCACCAACAUCUUGCCCUCGCCCGCGAAGUCCUGGAGAUUGGCGCCUUCGUUUCCAUCCGCCAAAGAGAUCCCGAGUCUUUCACACGCUACUUUCAGCAACUCCAACCCUUCUACUCAUUACCUCACGACCGAUGGGGCUCUCACGAUAAGCACGGCAACCAGAGCAAGAUCACCGGCCUCUACCUACUACUCUUGCUGAGCCAAGGAGACUAUGCCGCCUUUCACACUGUCAUUGAAGGUCUCGAAAUGGCCUUCGGCGGCAGAAAGCGCCUGGACGAUGACGCCUUCAUUCAAUACCCCAUGAGACUGGAGCAGGCUUUGAUGGAGGGUAGCUACGACCGUGUUUGGAGCGAGGCCAAGGGCGAGAGAGUGCCCAGCCCUGAAUUUGCAGUCUUCUCCGAGGUCCUCGUCAACACAAUCCGCUCCGAAAUCGCCUCGUGCAGCGAGCGCGCAUACCCCUCCCUUCCCAUCUCCAACGCAAAGAACCUCCUCUUCCUCGAAUCCGAAGGCGCUGUCAUCUCGUUUGCACACUCGCGUGGCUGGGUCGCCAAGGAGGGUCGCAUCUAUUUCCCUGCCCAGCAAGAAGAGUUGGCACAGGGUGAGAAGGACAUUCUCUCUACCAGCGACAAGGUCAUCGAGAACACGCUCGAAUACGCCAGAAAGCUUGAGACCAUCGUCUAA